UUCGCCAUGACACCUUGCAUGUCGUCUUUUACACGGGAUGCAUUUGUUUCUGAAUUUUUAAAAACUCUUAUCGGGUUUUGGCUGAAUCUUCUUCGUCGAAAACAACCACACGCUCCAUUAUUUCCACGUAAAUAUCGCAUCUUAAACAUUUGAUAGUAAUUAUUCAUGGAAGAGCGAGGGGUUCAAAGGAAAGCUGAACGUGGAUAGGCUGUAGCAGAAAGCUGCUGUGUGUUCGUGGAUAGUCCUGAGCAUGGAUUCGGAAUGUAAUUCGCUGCUCUUCAAGUCAAGGUUACAGGAAAACGAGGUUAAUCUGCAGCAGUUACUGGAGUAUGAAGAACAACAAGUGUGUCAAUGCCAGACCCUGAGACUGCAGGUAGAAGAUCUCCAGAAAAGACUUGAGGAGAAGGACAACAAACUCACUGAGGCGAAUAAGGUGAUCAGAGCACUGAAGGAUGAGGUGCAGACACUGCAGCAACGGCUGGAGCAACAGAGACGGACGAACCGAGAUGACGACACGAUUGGACAGAGACGUCAGCAAGGUCAGCGUGCAAGAGGAAAAUACAUCACUGCAUUGGGUUGUGAGAUUCCACCAAACGCCUCAACAGACACACCGACAUCACAGGAACUGGAGGAUGACUCAGCAGAUUUUCCAGCGUCUCCUGCUUAUGAUGAUGAUGAUGCACUGACAUUACGACGGCAACUGAAACUGCCUGUGCUGUCAGUGAAGCUACUAGACUGCCGUGAACUGCUGGGGCCUGACGGAGUUUUCAGUAUUCAACCUGUAGAGGACAUCAGCGAUGACGAUUACAAUGACGGCUACAGAGGUUAUCAGGAUGACGACAGUGACUUUGACCCAGCAGAUCCUUGCCUUGAGCCUGCAGCUGUGAGGGAACAGAAGAGGCAGAGCAGAGGAGUCGGGAAAGUCAACAAAGCCAAGGCCAAAAAGUAUCACUACGACAAACGUUUUGCAUGCACAGAAUGCGAAAUGAUAUUUAGAUUUCCAAGCCGGCUGUCUCAUCACCAAAGAGUGCACGCCAAAGAGAAAAAGCGUAUCACUGCCAUGGCCACUGCAUUUGAUGACGUAUCCAUUGAAUAUACACAUGAAAGUGCGUCCACCGACUCACCCAACGCUGAGAGUCAACAGCCCUCUUUUGAAUGUGACGUCUGUGGGAAGAUUCUUUCUACCAAAACGUGUCUCAAAGUUCACAAUAGACUGCACACAGGUGAAAUGCCAUACGCCUGCAAAGUUUGCGACAAAACUUUCAGGCAGUUAAAUGGACUCAUCCAACACCAAAAACACCAUUCACAGAUGACUGGUGAAAAGCCUGUCAAAGUAAAAAAGAAAAAGGACGUAGCGCACAAGUGCUCGCUUUGCCCCAAGGAAUUCUCAUAUUUAUCAAAAUUAGAAAAACAUUUUAGAAUAGUACAUUCAGGAAAGAAACCCUACCUUUGUAGACAUUGCCCCAAGAGAUUCAGCAGUCAUUCGAAUCGGAAAAGUCACGAAACUCACGCCCAUACAGACGAGAAACCUUUCGAGUGUCUGGUGUGUCAGAAGACAUUCAAAACGAAACUUAUCCUUAAAAAUCAUGAGUCGACACACUCUGCACUGAAGCAGUUUACCUGCACGUACUGCAACAAGGGUUUUAGACGUCCUGACCAGCUAAAGGUACACAUAAGAAGACACACAGGAGAGAAGCCCCACAUGUGCUCAGUCUGCGGCGCCAGUUUCGUUAAAAGCUGUGGUCUCACAAAACACCUCCGUCGACACACAGGCGAGAGGCCUUACCUUUGCUCUUUUUGUGGGAAGGCCUUCAGUCACGCUCACAUACUGAGGACCCACCAGAGAAUUCACACUGGAGAAAAACCCCACCAGUGCACCAUCUGUGGGGAGAGUUUUGCCUACCCACAGCCCUUGCAGGCACACGAGAAGAAAGUACACAAUAUCGUUUCCCACGAGUGUCGAGAGUGUGGGAAGAGCUUUAAAUCAGAUCGAGGAGUAAAAUAUCAUGACUGUAUUAAAGGUCCAAAUAGCACUCCAGCAAAUGAUGACAAAGGGACCGAUUUAGCGAAGUGCACUGAGGGUCAUUGAAGCGGCAAAGUGCAUUGAGGGGGCUGAAGCAGCCCAGGACAUUGAGGAGAUUGAAGCAGGAAGGUACAUCCCAAACAUGGAGAUGUAUGAUGAAGAAAUUGCUUUAAAGGGACACUGUGUGAGAUUUUUAGUUGUUUAUUUCCAGAAUUCAUGCUGCCCAUUCAGUAAUGUUACCUUUUUCAUGAAUACUUACUAGAGAUGCACCGGAUCCUGAUUUUUAGGAUCCUGCCGGAUACCGGAUCUACUGCUUAAGAUCCUGCCGGAUCCGGAACCGGAUACCGGAUCCUACGAAAGGGUUGAAACACAUAGCCUACUCACACACGUGGGCCCUUUUUAUCACGUUGGCUCAAACUAUUUUGACUUAAAAGCCUCGGCUACCGGAUCCUGGAUCCUGGAACCGGAUCCGGAUAGUCUGAAAAACCCCUAUUAUCCUGCCGGAUCCGGAACCGGAUCUUGGAUCCUGUACAUCUCUAAUACUUACCACCAGCAUCAAAUUCUAAGUAUUCAUUAUGACUGGAAAAAUUGUGCUUUUCAUACAUGAAAAGAGGGAUCUUCUCCAUGGUCCGCCAUUUUGGAUUUCCAAAAAUAGCCAUUUUUAGCUGCAAAAAUGACUGUACUUGGACCAUACUAGAAAAUAUUUGUUUAAUACUUAGUAAACUUUCAUGUAAAGGUCAAAGGGCAGGUUGCUAUCUUUGGGUCUCUCUUGUUUCACAUGUUACACAACAUUGCCAUUUUGGUCAUACUGACUACUUAAGACUUAAUGCUGGAAAUAUUGAAGGGAAUAAAGGAUUGUGAGAGGCCUACAUUUUGGUAAUGGAAACAAAAAUAUUUGUGAUGUGUCUUUCUUUGUCAUAAACAGGUAAUAACACUAUGUUUAUGUAUCUCUG